AUGGAGUUCGUCGGCCCGGGCGAGAUUUCGGACUCUAUUCCCGAUCCGGCCGGCUUCGACUCAGCGGCACACCCCACAGACGACGGCGUCCCUCCUCCUGCAGCAGCUGGUGCAACGGAAGACCUGGACCUCAACUCCCAGGCCCCCGACCUCGAUUUCGGCAUGUCAUUUGGUGAGUUGUUGCGCUCUCACACCGCCGGUGCUGUUGGGGGGUCAGGGCAAGAGGUUGCCGGCGUUGGUCGUGGAUGCGCCAUCCCUUCGCCGAGCACUACUGCAACUCGGCGCGUCGCGCCCAUUCCAACCAAGUCGGAUGGUGGUACAGCCUCGGCCGCGAGGCCGUAUCAGCUUCCUCGUCGGGCCAGACCUGCUAUCAGAGCGACUACAACAGCUCCCAGUGCUCACAAUGGUGACCAUCAUCAUCGUGUUUCCAGAGGUGAAGGGGACGAGGGAGGACGUCCCCCGGGUGGCCGUCGUCGUGGUGUUCGUGGCCGCCCAGCACAUGAUUCCGCCAUCAUAGAUGAAGAUGAGGCUGCUCUUGCUCACGAUUCCAUGAUAUUAUCAAACCACGAGAGCCAGAAUUUAGGAUGGUGCAUCCUAGACUUCAAGCUUAUAGGAAUCUGGCUUUUAGAAGUUAGCUUCUGGAAUCCAGAUGGAUCCGAACGCGGCCUAAGGCAGAGGUCCCCCGACAUUAUUGGCUACUAG